AUGGUGGGCAGUAGGAGCAGCUGGCCGAAGCGCUGGGGCUGGCACAAGGAGCCUGAAGAGUUUGGGCAAAUUCUUGAAAACUCAAUAUUCGAACUGAGAAACACUGUAACAGAACUGGAGAAAAGACUUAGCAGUGUUGAAGAUGAAGGUAAUGAAUGGAAAACCAGGUAUGAGACACAAGUAGAAUUGAACAAACAGCUGGAAAGGCAAAUUAAUAUUCUUCAAGGCAGGAUGGAGCUUAUUCGUGGAAAUCCAGCAGAUAAAUUGUCCAUUGUUCGCACCUUUGAUCAAAUGCCUGUGGGUUCCUUAAAGGAGGUUCUUAAACAACUAGAAGAAGAGAAGAAAAGUCUCCAGAAUCAGUUAAAAGACUAUGAACUUAGACUGGAACAAGAAGCAAAGGCUUAUCACAAAGCUACUGAUGAGCGGCGCAUGUACCUCUCAGAGAUCUUACAGAUCUCAGCUACACUUAAAAUUAUUGAAAGUCAGAAAUCAGAUGCUCUGACAUGCAAGGGAGAAAACCACAUACUGAGAGGGAGAUACAGUGUUCCAGGAAACCCGAAGAUGGUUAAUCCUCAAAAAGGAUCAAUUAAAAACACUGUAGGAGUGAAGCAGCUUCCAAAACUAAAGCACUGAUUUAAUAUUAAUGCCAAGAAUUUCCAAUCACUUUUAAAAGAAUUUAAUUUAACUGAAAGUUUCUAAAUUGAAAAUUAAUGUAUUUGUGCUUUAUUAUAAUACCAAACCCAGGCUGUCGUGUAUUUUUGGCAGCCCUAAUGUAAGUGUUCCUCUGCCUAGCAGAAUUGUUCUUCUAGCUGCCAUCUUUGUGCUGGUGAUCUCUGACCAUUUCCAUUAUGGUUCUCAUGAGUGAUUCUGGGCGUCAGGGAGUUGGAAGCCUUAGAGAACAUUUAGUGUCUUUAUACACUAGGUAGAUCCUUGAACUUUGACUGCACAGCAACCACUGAAAACAAACAAGCCUGUAACGUUUUUUGACCUCUCUGCCAAGAAGAAGAAAAAACCAAACUGAUGUAACCUGAAGUGUUAUUUCACCACCCAAACCAGUAAAUCUCAAAUAAAAUUCCAUCCAAAAACAUCCCCAUUCAGUACAGGCAGCAAAGAGAGACCCUGAAGUAGUCUGAUGUUGGUACAGCUGAUCAUGCCUUUCAUUUGGCUUUAAAAAAGAAUGACAGCAUAGUUUACUAGUCAGUCUGAUUUCUUACAUGAUACCAUACAGUAGAGUUCCUUUACAGUAUGAAGUUGGUUUAUAUUCCAUGAUCUUUCUUACUAUAGCAGAGAAGACAAAACACCUCCAAAUUUAACUUUUUUAAAAGCUGGCUUGCCACAGAUACUGUGUUGACCAUCACUUUCUGUCUGCAUGGUUUAGAAGCAUAACACUAUUUCCAGAUACUUUAAGCACUAGUAAUGAGCAGAAACGAAAGAAAAAUUGAACACUUUUUAUUAAGGAUUCUUCAGAGCCUAUCUUGUGGAGGGUUGUUUCUUUUAAACACUAUAUACACACCAUGUUUCCUUGUAUUAGUAUGUUACUAUUUGAAAUCUCAACUCUCAGUCUGUGUUCCAUAAAAUUCUGUGUGUAUUCUCCCAGUGGCACUGAUCCAUGUAUUUUUAGGAUCCAAAAUAGUGCCAGUCUUUAAAGUCAUCUCUUCAAUGAAAGUAGAACUACUUUGUAUUUUCAUUCUUAAGUGUGCAAUUAUUGUUGCAGUUUCAUUACCUACAUUUUAGUCAUUAAACUUCAGCAGAAUUUUUUAAAGUAGCAACAGGAAAAAUGUUUUGGUAAUGAAGCUUCAAGCUUCUAGAUUAUGUCUUAAAAGCUCUUGGCAGAGCAAAUGUGAUGGAUUGACUACCCUUUAUUAUUUUUAAGAGCAUACCUAACUCUUUGCAGUAUCUAAUAAAGCUUUUUUCUUCUUUAAGAGCAAUACUAAGAGUUCCUCAUUACUAGCAGCAUUAAAGUGAGGCUGUAAUUAAAGACAUACAGAAAGAUCAAUUAUGUCAUUCUAAAAUGCAGAGAAAGCAGACCUACAGUAUUGUACAGCAUAUUCAGUGUGGAAGCCCCAUUUUUUUUUCUCUUACAUAGCAUUUAUUACAGAUUUAUUACAGAUAUUUCUAAUGUCACCAUGAUGUACCUUGUAUCAUUCUUUCAUAAGCAGGGUGCUCUGCCUGGCAAUUUUUUUCCUCACAGUUACAGUUGAGAGCAUAGCACAGCUGAUUAGGUUAGCACUCUUCUGUUCCUGUUUUUCACAUGGAAAAUUUCCAGACUUUGAUUGUGCUGGCAUUUGUCAUUGUGGAGAAGGAGAGAGAAAAAAAAUCACCAUAAUAGUCCUGUUGGCAUAAGAGACAAGAGACAUCUGCAGGAGUGAAGAAUAUCCAGUUCUUGGAUCCAUGCAGCAGACAUUUACUACUGCUGCCUCUGAAUCAAAUGUUGGUUAAUGCACUCAAGUCCAGUCCCUGUAGCACCUUAAAAUUACAAGAAACAUUGCACAAAUGUGGCAGAACAGCAUUUAUUCACAGCAGGAGAUGUGGACACCUUCCUUAUGGGUAGUCCUGAGGACUAAAAAGAGGCAUUUUUUUCUGAAGGCUAAGAAGAUACAUUUAUUGGUACAGUUUGGUACAGUAAGGACCUGAGGAGAGGCUAUGUCCUAUUUAGUCCCUGUGUCAGCUUGCCAGGAACAAGUUCAGGAUUUGAAACUCAGUAGUAUGAUAAUUAAUCUCUAAAACACGUGUUGUUCUAAUUGUGUGUCCAGCUGUAAUGUUUUCUGUGCAAAAUGGCUAUAGUUCUGUACUCUUUAAAUUACUUGGCAGUUCAUUUUUGUCCUGGCUUUCUCAAAAUAAGGACACCCUAAUGGUUAAGUUUGAUGACUCAAGUUUCUUUGCAACAGCAGAAAGAUAGCUUUUAGUUUCAAAAGUGUGUUAUUUCUUUGGAUCCAAAUAAAACUUUUACACUGCUAGCUUUCCUGAACCACAUUUGGUGCUUUUGGAUGGAUGGGUGUUUUGAAACACCUGGAUUUAUCUUGCAUGGAUGUUUCUCACUACUAUUAUUCUGUGCUGUGAAAUGGGGUUUGUUUACGUUUGCAGCAAUGAACAGCUACAUGUCUUUGCAAAAUAUCUUCUAUACUAGUAUUUCAGCACAUUUAGGAGUAAUUAAUCCCUCAAAGCACAGUAUGUAGUAUCAUUUUAGGCGUAGAAGACUGAAUCACAGAACUAGGUUUAUUUAAAUUAGAAAGUGUAGUGUUGUCUGGUUUUUCCUUGAUUUCAUGGCAGGGAGAUCUUUUGUAAUGUUAACCAUUAGAAGGUAAAUUCUGUCUCCUCUAAAGUUUCUGUGCAUCAUAUUCUAAACAGUGAACAAAUCCAAAGACAAAAAUGGGAAACUGAAUUGCUGACAGUUGUGGUCAGUGAGUGAAUUGACCUAAGCAUCAGAGGAAGACAGAAUUAGAGGUGAAGGUCUGAAUCUGACCAAACUUCUUCCUGCAGCACAGAAUAUAACUGGGAUUCCAGAUGUACUGGUUGUAGUGUAAGUGCCUUUAAUUGAUGGACUAAGAAAUUUGAUAUCCUAACUCUUGGGACUUGAGAGUAUGCUUCCCUUACAUGGUUACUCAUCUAACUCCACUGAUUUCAGAUGAGUCAUAGUUUUGA